CACUCCUCUUCAUAUAAUACUCCACCCAUCUGCCCUUCAUCAGCAGCAGUUACCACCACCAGCGCUACACUCUCUACUUUCGCGCAAGCCCACUUUGACUCCCCAUUCUGCGAGUCUCACCUCUGCGACGCGCCUUGUCAUCAAACGCGCCCCUUUGUCCUCGCAGCCUUGCACCGGUUCAGUCGCUCCUCCAUCAAAGAGACUUUUAGCCGUCGCUACUUUAUCUGCUCACGUCGCCCUCUCGACACCAGCGCGCAAAUUCAUCAACGCCCGCUCAACCAAGUAUCACCAUCCCUCAACCACUCAUCAACAUGUCUUCAAACAAGAUGGAGCAGAGCCUCGACGACAUCCUCAAGGCCUCCAAGACCUCUCGCCGUGGCCGCAGCGGUCGCAAGUCUACCGGCACUGGACGACCUGCCACCACUGCCGCACCUGUAGGCGGUGUUUCCAAGUCGACCAAGCAGCAGGGCAGGCAGCCCAAGGCCGCCCCCACCGCACCCGCCGCCUCCCUCGGCGGUGAGACCAAGAUCAUGGUAUCCAACUUGCCACGGGACAUUGACAAUGCCCAACUCCAGGACUACUUUGUUUCAGCUGUUGGUGUAGGUCGCCCCAAGAAGGUUCUUCUCCAGUACGAUGCCCAGGGUCGCAGCGUGGGUAGCGCUACCAUCAUCUUCAACAAGCACGACCAAGCCGCCAAGGCCACAGCCGCUCUUGAUGGCGUCAAGAUCGAUGGACGCCCUGUCCGCGUCGAGAUGCUCGUCAGCGCUGCCGCUAUCCCUGCCACUACCCGCCCGGCUUCGCUUGCCGACCGUGUAACCCAACCAAAGAAGGACAAGCCAAAGCCCGCCACCGCCGAGAAGGCAGCUCCCGGUGCCACACGCGGACGUGGUCAAACUCGUGGCAAGGGCAAGGGCCGUGGAGGUCGCGAGGCCCGUCCCAAGAAGAAGACUGUUGAGGAGCUCGAUGCUGAGAUGGCCGACUACUUCCCUGGUGGCGAGACCAAUGCUGCCGCUGGUACUGCUGAAGUUGCUCAGAUCACCGCCGGCGGUGACACUGCCAUGGAUGAUGAGAUGCUCUGAGCUCCAUCCGCUUUGAGACGUCCUCCAUUCACUUCAGUUUUCAUGGUUUAAUCGAGCAUCAACGAAAUCGGUACGGCUUUUUUUGCCAGUCGGUCUGCUUUCAAUCUUUCUUUUCUUGGAGGCGUCAUCUUUUCGGAAACAGCUGGUCAGCACUGGACACGAUUUGACUUUUGUACAUUACUCAUGGACGUUCAUGUACGGCUCCUAAAUUGCGACGUGAGCUUCGAGUUAGCUUCAAUCAAGAAUGGCUAUGGCUUCGAGAACAUGAUCAAGACUUCUCCCCCUGUUAACAUCUCCCUGUGAAAUCUCUUCAUCAGAACCGCGCUUGACUCUGUUUGCAUGUUCACGGCUACGAUGAGUUUCAGGACGAAUGGGACACGAAUCUGAUGCCGAUGAUCGGCACAUAUGCCGAACUGAUAAGCAGUUGUACCC